GAUGAGGUGAGCCAGUGGGCUGCAGGAGAUCAGAACCCAGGGACCAUGGGCGCCUCCAGGCUCUAUACCCUGGUGCUGGUCCUGCAGCCUCAGCGAGUUCUCCUGGGCAUGAAAAAGCGAGGCUUUGGGGCCGGCCGCUGGAAUGGCUUUGGGGGCAAAGUGCAAGAAGGAGAGACCAUCGAGGAGGGAGCCAAGAGGGUAAAUGAGAUCGUCUGUGUAAACAUCACAAAGUCCUGCCCAGAUGUAGCCCCUGUUCAUGUUCCUGUUCUGAGAAAGAAAUGCGCCCACACUGGUUCCAGCUGGACCAGAUCCCCUUCAAGGACAUGUGGCCAGAUGACAGCUACUGGUUUCCACUCCUGCUUCAGAAGAAGAAAUUCCAUGGGUACUUCAAGUUCCAGGGUCAAGACACCAUCCUGGACUACACUCUCCGAGAGGUGGACGCAGUCUAGCGGGAGCCCGGGGAGCCCCUGGGCAGAAGACUUGGCUGCUGAACAGCUGCACACUGUUCACCUGGGCGCAGCAAGUGGAUCAGAGCUGGGUUUUGUCUUUAGUGUGAUUGGACGGAAAGGAAAAUAAAAGUCUUCAUUUUUUUUUUUUU